AUGGCAGGCGUGCAGCCGCCACCCCUCCGCAGCCUGGAUGAUUUUCUCCUGUGCUCGGCCCGGUUCGCAGUGCCCGAUGUGCGCGACCUGGACCGCUGGAACAACCGCAUCAUCAACAACCUGCUGUACUACCAGAGCAAUUACCUCGUGUCCGCCCUGGGCCUCCUUCUUUUAGUGGGGUAUUUCCAGCCCUUCCAGUUGCUUGUCGGGGCAAUGGUGGUCACCUUGAUAUUCCUGGGCUUUGUCUGGGUUGCUGAGAACCAAGCUCCAGUUCGUCGUUUCCGUAGAAACCACCCAUCAAUCUCUGUGUUUGCCAUUCUCUUGGCCAGUUACCUCUUGAUAUCGGUGCUGGGAGACGUGGCCGUGUUCCUGUUUGGGAUAGCCUUCCCUAUAAUGAUGGUUCUGGUCCAUGCGUCGGUGAGGCUGCGCAGCCUGAAGAACAAGCUGGAGAACAAACUGGAGAGCAUCGGUCUGAAGAGGACACCCAUGGGACUCCUGUUAGAGGCCCUGGGACAGGAACAGGAGGCUGGGUCCUAGAGAGACAGAGGAAGAGGAGAUGUGCAGGGGUGGGAGGUAGUUUGGGUUCCAUCUGAAGGAAAUGGCAAGAUAAAUUGAUGGUGGAGUGGAAAUGGGAAGAGGAGAGGAAAAACAUAGGAGGAGAAUUACUGCAGGGAAAGUGGAAGAACAAAACGAAAAA